UCCCGGAGCCCGGGCCGCGAGAGGCUCCGCGGGAGCCCGGCCAGCAGCUCGAGCUGGGCUAGGCGGGGCUGGGCGGGGCGGCCCGCAGGGAGCACGCCCCGGGUCACGCCGGCGCCCGCGAGCCGAGCGCGGCGGGGAACGCGCCAUGGACCCCAAAGCGGGCGGUGGCGAGGAGGAUGACUGCGUGGACUCGGGCGCCGAGACCGGAGGGUCUGACUACAGCCACAUGUCCUCCACCAGCAGUGAGCUGUCCGUGGAGGAGGCGCAGGACCCUUUCCUGGUUAGCAUCCACAUCAUCGCAGACCCGGGGGAAUCGCAGCCCUUGCAGGAGGCCAUCGACAAGGUCCUGGCCUGGAUCCACCCGGACCUGCAGCUGUUCCGGGUGUCGGAAAGGGGGGUGUCGCGGCGGCGGCGGAAGUCCUGGAAGGUGGCGCAGCCAGCGCUGGCGGUAGUUCUCUUCCUCCAGGAGGAGUACGGCGAGGAGCAGAUCCUGCAGCUGCACCGCGCGCUGCAGCGGCCGCCCUGGCGCCACCACCACACGGAGCGCGUGCCCGGCCGGUUCCUGCCCUACCUGCCCUGCAGCCAGGACUUCUUCAUGCUGGCGCCCGGGACCCCGCUGUGGGCCAUCCGGCCGGUGCACUACGGCAAGGAAAUCGUGCGCUUCACCAUCUACUGUCGCCAUGACAACUACGCGGACAUCCUCAAGUUCUACGAGCUGAUCCUCCGGCGCAGCCCCAGCCAGAGGAAGACGGACUUCUGCAUCUUCCCCAUCUUCUCCAAUCUGGAUGUGGACAUCCAGUUCUCCCUGAAAAGACUGCCCUGUGACCAGACCCCCAUCCCCACCGACUCCUCGGUGCUGGAGUUCCGGGUCAAGGACAUCGGUGAGCUCGUGCCUCUCUUGCCCAAACCCUGCAGCCCCAUCAGUGAGGGGCGCUGGCAGACGGAGGACCUCGACGGGAACAAGAUCCUUCUGCAGGUCAACCACAUUGUGUCUGGAAGUAAACUGCAAGAGAAGUGGACAGUCCCACACUCUCGGGAGCUGUUCAAGUUAGCCAGCGCUCUCCUCUCAUCUACAUAUGGUACUGGAAACAGACAAGAUGGCCAGGAGAGUCCCAUGCGCCAAGUUCACCAGCUGGUCCAGACCAUUCCAUGGAGUAUGACGUGUGCAAGCAUGGCGCGGCCAAGUGGGUGUGGUUGGUGUGCCUCCUGGCAGCACCUCCCUCCGGGGCCAGGGACAACGGGACCCCAGCCAGUGCUUUCUGGGAGCCAGCAGCCAGGCAUCUGA